CGGCGUUCCACUCGGACCCACGGUGCCUCCGCGCGCGACGGCUCCUCUCCGCGCCGCUAAUAAUACGCCGAUAUACCACCGAUUCUCCGCCACCAUGGCUCUACGUGGGAGUCCCGAGUGUAGCCGCCACGGUCCGCGCGCCGCGUCGACCUAGCCAAGACACUGCUAAUCGCGCGCCCAUGCCGCGAGGGAUAUCCUAAAUCCACGAUUCGCCCGCCGUCGUCGUCGUCGUCGUUGUCGUCGUCGUCGCCGUCGCCGUCGCCGUUGCCGUCGCCGUCGCCGUCCACGUUGUCGUCUUCGCCGCGAGUACGUCGCGAGUAACCGGUCCGAUUUGGGAGCUGCGGCCGAGUCACACGAGUGUACGUGCGUAAGUUAGGGUUACGUUGUACGGUUCACGCGUCGGACUUACCCCGUCGCCCUGAGGCCCGUGUCGAACCAGUGUCCUGGAGCGUGCUAGGGGAUCAGUGACGUCCGAGGGGGACGAGUGCGACGGGUACGAUGAGUUGGCGUUGACGUGGCCGAGCGGAUCGGCUUCGUUUGAGAGAGAAAGAGACAGAGAGAGUGAACCUGCCCGACCCAAGGAAUACAAGGACGAUCGCGGAGAAGGGAACGUCGUGGACUCCCUUCACCGGCGGUGAAGAUGAAGAGACGAGAGUCCAGGUAAAGCAAGAUCGCCUCCUUACUGAGCGGGUAAUGUGGAGGAUGCAGGAAGGCAAGACCGUGUCGUCGUUGGGACCGGUCGUCUUGCCGCGGGAAGACGCCGACAUGCGUGCCGGCCUGUCGUUACCGCCGCAGGAGAGGAGGCACGUGUUGUUGCAUGUGCGGACCGGCGAGUCUUUCCCGAGGUACGACGGUGUGCGACAACCGCAGCAGCCGCAGCAGCAGCAGCAGCAGCAGCAGCAGCAAUCGCCGUCGAGCUCGCCGACGAUCCUGCGGAGCGUCGUCGCGACCAUCGACAAGGACCAAUACCACGAGAUAGACUCGCAGGUCGGUCGCGAGAAGAGGUCGUCCAACGACGACGAGGAGGAAGAGCAAGACGAAGAGGAGGAGGACGAGGUGGAAGACGAGCGGAAUGCCUCGUCCACCAAGAGAAACAUCGUCGAGGAUGAAGAGGAUGAUGAGGAGCAAGAGGAGGAGGAGGAGGACGACGACGAGGGUCAACAACCCUCCGAGAGACAUCGCAACGGUGGCUACCACGACGACGAGGACGUCGAGGUCGACGUGUGUCGCGAGGAAGCCGACGAGAGCAACCCGAGCAGCCCGGUGGACCUGACGGCACCGUCGUCGCGGGGAGCCACCGCCGCCGAGCAGUUCGUCCAUCCGUUCACCAACCGCGGGGUGCAUUCGUUCAGCUGUGUGCAAAGUGCUGGCGGCCAUCCGGCGGCCGGUCACGGGACACCAGUGUAUAUAUCCGGGCACGGCGCUACCGGCUCGACCGUCAUGACGGUGUGCACUUCCGGUAGCACGGCGCGCACCACCGGCACGUCCACCGGUGGUGGCAUCACCACCACCGCCAGCACGGUCCAGCAAACCAAUAACAAGCGGUGCCUGGCGUUCUCCGUCGAGAACAUCCUCGAUCCGAACAAGUUCACCGGCGGCCGCGUCAUCCACAAUCGCGUGCAACACCGUCGACACCGACGCGCCGGCAGCGUCCAGGAAGACGGUGACUCGCGGGGUGAGUUUGCCUGCAGCAGUGGCCAAGAGGAUGAGGAAGGUACACCGGACACCGUCAUGGAGGAGAUGGAGGAAGACCCCGAGGAGGAGGACGAGGACGAAGAAAUCGAGAUGCGAGUGGUGGAUCAGGACUCGGGCGGUAUCGGCCGGGAGAACGCGAACGGCAACAGCGGCGGUGGAGGCGGCGGCGACGGCGGUGGCGGUAACGGCACCACGAGCAACUGCAAGAAACGGCAGUCCUCGUCGUCCUCCACGUCGUCGAGCGGCGUUCAAGUCCCCAACUGCCAAGGUCAAAGUCAAAACGGGCAAAACGGCACGAGCGGCGGCAGCGGGGGUGGCGGUGGUGGCGGCGGCGGCAGCGGCGGCGGUGGCGGCGGCGGCGGCGGCGGCGGCGGCGGCGGCAGCGGCGGCGGUGGCGGCAGUAACGGCGGCGGCAAGCCCAGAAGAGCGCGCACGGCGUUCACGUACGAGCAGCUGGUCAGCCUGGAGAACAAGUUCAAGACCACGAGAUACCUGUCGGUGUGCGAGCGGCUGAACCUGGCGAUCGAGCUGCGGCUCACCGAGACGCAGGUGAAGAUCUGGUUCCAGAACCGGCGCACCAAGUGGAAAAAGCAGAACCCGGGGCUUGACGUGAACAGCCCGACGGUGCCGACCACGCCGCCGCAUCCGUCGCCGUACGCACCCGCCUUCCUCUUCGCCGCGCACCCUCACCAGCACGCGCUGCCACACUCGCACACGCACCCGCACCCUCACGCCCACGUGCACCACCCGCCGCCGGUACCGCCGCCGCCGCCGCCCGGGUACUACCAUCCGGCGGCGCCUUACCCGCCGACCGGCCCGACCUUCUUCGGCCAUCAUCUGUCAGCGAGCCCGGCGACCGCGUCGGCGGGACCGCCGACCUCGACGCCUUCUUCCACCGGCCUGGCCGGUCUCUCGUCGCACCUACACCCACACACGCACCCGCACGCGUAGCGAACUUGGCGAUGAUGCCCCCGCGCCGCCGUCUGCAGCGUCGUCAGCGUCUUCGCCUUCGUAGUCUUCGGCAAGGAAACGGUGAGAGCUCGUGCGAGCACUUUCGGCUCUCGAGAGAAAAGUAUCGAGGGGUUAGGAGGUGGUGCGAGGAAGGACGGAUGGGACAAGGGAUGCGCGCGUUCGUCGCUCACCGAGUUUCCGAGGUUUCACACCCUUUGGUUUCUCGAUGAGCGUCUUUUUAUUUCGUUAUUAUUUUUCUUUCUCUUCCGACGAGAAUCCGUGGAAGGAGGCGUUUGCACGAUAAAUCGGCCUUUUUGAAAGCAACAUAUAUUCCUUCGAAAACGAGAAGAAUCUGAUCGUCUGAAUUUUCUUCCGCUGCUUUAUAAUUAGCAGCACUCGUCGUAGUACCGAAUCAAUUUAAAUUCUUGGGUUUAUGUCGUCUUCGAAAGGCGGUUUAUGCGAUAAUCUGUUGUCGUUAUAGCGAUUUGUGUUCGGAAUUUAGAGAUAGCGGGAGAGAGCGAGAACGACGAAGCGAGAAAAAGACGCUUAAAGCUUAAUUAAGUAUCUCGGAUCAAAUCGACGAGUAAUGUUUUCGUUCGUUGGGUCAUGAGCGCGUAGGCGGCCGCGAUGUUAUAUUUUGCCUUCCCGUUGAGCACAUGGGGCGACUCGAUAGCAUAAUCGGUUUACGUAGGGUGACGUAGAAAAAGCGAGCGUAUCAUUUCGGCGCGACACCGCGCCAAACAUUUAAAUUCCGUACACCGACGUGGGAUUCCGGGCAACGGUGGAAGGAACGACGCAUCUCCCUAAAACAAACGCACUGGUCUCUCGAUAGGAAGCAAAAGGGAAAAAUCACGGAAUUUGAUCGAAGAAGUUUCGAUCAGUUCGAUCGGGCCGAUUUGCAGUCUCCGCUGCUCGUUUCGCGGGCCAUGCAAACAUAAAGAUCGAGCGAGUCAAAUAGAAUUCCGCAAACCAUAAAUUAUGUCUCGCGCAGAAUUGGCGAGAGCCAACUAAAUGUCUUUUGUCUGAUCUCAGGAGAGAUGCCUCUCGAUACUUCUCUCCGAGUAAAGCAAAGUCACGAAGUCACCCGAGUCCUUGUCGUUUUCUCAUCUUUGUAACAUAUUCCGUUCGUCGCCGCGGUUAAAGCGACGAGGCAGAAACUCGUCUCUAAAGGGAAGUAGACUUUAUCGAAAACGAUCUUAUAGCGAUACAAGGUGCGUGCGUGCGUGCGUGUGUGCGUGCUAUGUAUGUAUGUAUGCUGAAGCGGGUGUAUGUGUGUGUGUAUGUGCGUGCGUGUGUGUUCGCGAGAAUGCGUGCGAGAGGGUGAGGCGCGAUUGCGAGUUGGACAAAAUUAGCGAGCAAUGUUUCGUGCUGAUCGUGCGAAGGAAAGAAAAAAGAAAAGAAAAAAGAGAGAAAGGAACGAGGCACGUCGGAGCGCAACGAUCGCGUUCCUGUGUAAAAUAAAAGUCAUACGUUACGCUCGUAAAAAAAGAACCUUCAUCCACUGUGUACAGAUCUACAAACGAUCCCUCUGCGUGCACAUGCAAUCA